CUGGCCCCUCGGCAUUGCUCAAUUGGGACGGCGUGCGGGGCGGCGAGCACGGCAACCCACUUCGAUUCUGUUCUUGCAGAAUGCUCAUGAUGCCGCCGUGGCCCAUCUUUCGCACUUGCACCUCCCGUGUCUCCAACGUCCGCGACACUUCACACUGCACCAAGGAUAAACUCGACGCGACCGUCAUCUUGUGCCACACCAACGACGGUUUGUGCUGCGACGACCUCGUCGCGGCCGUCCUCGCAGGAAAUGCAGAUGAGAUCGCAAGGAUCCUCGACCAUCACGGGUGCGAAGUGAACCGCGCGUUCACGUGCCGUCCGGGCGACGUUUGUGUCUCCCCCCACUGCAUCCGACGGUCCAAGAUGCCUUCUACAAUUCAUGCACAACACUCGUACCGAUCUGUAUCGACCGACUUUCAGCCCACUUGUGGAUAUUCACUUCUUCAGCUCGCAAUCCAAGCAGGCCAAGUCGAGUCCGUCGAUGCACUGCUCAACGCCGGCGCCAACCCGGCCAUGCACCCUGAAACUACUCCCAGUGCUCUCGUCAUGGCACUUGCUCAAUCCGACGACAUGUUUCUUUCCGUGCUAAGGCACGUCAAGAUUGUCCACAACGACGCUGUCGAAGCUGUCAGUACAAAGGGAUCGCUUCCGCUCCUCUCAGCGAUGUCCAGCCGCAUGUCCUGCGCGCAGCGCGUCAAGGCCCUCUCAGUCGCCGCCGCCAACCAGCAUCUGCACCUAGUCCAGCACCUGAUGGACUCUGGGGACGAUAUCGUCAUCCAGCGCGGUCUGCAUGCCAUGGUUCAGCAAGGGUGCCUCGCCCUUGUGCGACACGUCGUCAAGUGCUACGGCCCGUCCGUGUUGUUGUAUUGCGAACCGAAUAAGAUGGGCGACAGCCUCCUGCACACCGCUUGCCGCGCCAACCAGCCAGACAUCAUCAAGUAUCUCAUCCGGUGCGGGGUCGACGUGAAUGCCCCCAAUGCGAUCGGGGUCUCGGCGCUGUACAUGUGCAGCGCAUUGGGAUCCGACAUUGCCGUCCACAUGCUCAUGAAGGCUGGGGCUCAGCCCCAAGGCGCAUUGGGUCCCCAGGGCGACACGGCCCUGCACGUCGCUGUCCAGGAGAACCAUCUCCAAACGGCCCGCCUCUUGAUCCACGGCGGGGCCCCACUCGACGCUCCCAACCACCAAGGCAACACCCCCCUCCACGUUGCCUGCAUGCAAGGACAUGCCAAGGUGGCCGCAUACCUUGUCCGCAAAGGAGCGAGUCUCCAAGCGUCCAACACGAAUGGAGAAACUCCACUGGUGAAGGCGUGCCAGAUGAACCAUCGGCGUGUAGUGGACCUCCUCGUCAGCCACGGCGACAAGACCAAAGGCCUUGCCUACUACGACGUCAUGCGUGGCGGGCGCCACAAGAUUUCCCACAAGGCAACCGGCUGCGAAUGGUGCUAGUUUUGCUUAACUUAUUCCUAUUUAUUGGUUUCGACUUCCGGUGGAAGAGUCGACAUCUCGAAUUCGUGUUGGCCGCUUCCAUAUCGCCUCGGCGCAUGCACAGCUCCACCCAUUUUGGCGCGGAG